UUUUAUUGGCAUAUGGGCAAAGCUGUCCGUUGUUUUGUGCGCUCUGUGGAGUUGGGUACGGUGAGCGUCUUGCAGAUUGUUCCUCCUCUUCCCUUUGGUUUCCCCCCUCCCCUCCGCUUUGUUGCUUGUUCCUUUUCUUGCUGCCUCAGGGAAAAGUCAGAGUCUGGCAAUGCCCGAGUUUUUGGCGGACCCGUCGGUGCUCACCAAGGAGAAGCUGAAGAGCGAACUGAUUGCUAAUAAUGUGAGCCUGCCUGGAGGUGAGCAGCGUAAGGAUGUUUAUGUGCAGCUCUACCUUCAGCACCUCACCGCCCGCAACGUGCCUGGAGUCCCCGCGCAGCCGGACUUCUCCAGUGACGAGGAGAGGGAGCCGACCCCGGUUGCCGCCAGGAACAGAGGGGGUAGUGGUGCUACCGUCGCUGUGGGCCGGAAAGCAACAAAGAAAACGGAUAAGUCAAGGCUUGAACAGGAUGAUAUAGAUAUAGCAGAACUCAAUAAUGAAGAACUCAAAGAUCAACUCCUGAGAUAUGGUGUGAAUCCAGGUCCUAUUGUUGCUACGACAAGAAAGCUGUAUGAGAAGAAGCUACUGAAGCUGAAAGAACCAUCCCAAGAGCUAAGUUCUUUCAUAGCCACACCAACAUUUUCUUCAUCAACAGAAAACAAUAAGCACAAUGGAAAUGAUGAUUCUGAUCAGUUCAGUGACAGUGAAGAAGAUCCUAAAACAGAGUUCAGUCUUGACAAGCAGGAACCACUGAAGAGUAAAACAAAAACUUCAUUAUCACUUAAACAAAGAAGAAUUGCUGAAAAUAACCAGGAUGGCAUUACUGAGACAUUCUGGAGAAGUGGAUCUUCAAAAAGUGGACUUCUUCAGGCAGUGUCUAGGGAAUCUGCGAGAGUAUCAAGAAGAACACCAAGGAAAAGGGUUGAAACUACAGUUCCAUUUCCUGUACAUGAUCCAGUAAUAUCAGAGAAUACUCCCAUAGCUGUAGUGGCUUCAAGCAACGAGACUCUACAGGUUGGCAAUAGGGUACCUGGAAAUACCAAGCAUGCUGAUCCUAUACUGUCAAUCAGUGACUUCUCAGAAUUGCCAAGAAGAACACCAAAGAAACCAUUGAUGACAGCUGAAGUCAUUGAGAAAAUGUCUACAGAGGUUACAAGAUUAGAAAGAGAUAUUCUUAAAGAAAUGUUUCCAUAUGAAGCAUCAACACCUACAGGAAUUAGUGCAAGCUGCCGCAGACCAAUCAAAGGCGCUGCUGGGCGACCUAUAGAGUUCAGUGAUUACCGGCUGGAAGAAACAUAUUCAUCAAAAUAUAUUCCUAAAUAUGUUGCCUCGGCAGAAGUCCAAAAAGAAAAAACAACUAAAAAACACUCCAUUCCUUUGUGGAUAAAAUUUUUGCUCUUUUUCAUUGUUACAAUCUUCUUGGCUUUCGUCUAUCAAUCCAUGGAAAUCAACCAAGGAAAUCCAUUCUCCAAAUUCCUUACGCCUGAGAGUCCACGGAAAACAACAGAUUGAGUUUUUCUUUCUGUGGCACAUACAACUGCGUCUCCCAUUUUUAAUUAUAAAGAUAUCUUCAUCCUUCCUCAUCUUGAAACUGAAAAAGGAAUAAAAUAGGACAGUAAAUGGGCAUCAACUUCUUUCAAAAUCAGGAGAUCACUGUGCCAUAAGUAGUAUCUUUAGAUUUUUUUGGAACUACUUGUAGGAUUUAUUUUUUUAAUGUGGACUUCAUUAUGUUCAUUUGAGAUUGUAUAUUUGAUUUUAUAAACUUGGAAGCUCAAAAUGGGCAGAAGUGAUAGUAAAAUGUGAAGAUACGUGUUUAAAUGUUUUUACUUCAGACUAAGAUACUUCACUGAAAUUUUGUUUACUGCAUAUGUUAUUUGGGGUGGAAAGAAAUUGAUAAAUGGAAAUGCAUUUUUAAUGCAUUUCAUGAAAACUGCAGCUAAAUUUAGUGUAGUUUUAAGGGGCUUCAGCAUUUUUCUGUAGAAUACUGUAAUCUCAAUAAAUGUAAACUUGUAUACAUCUGUGUUAGUUUUGAUUGUAGUAAUUAUACUUAAGCUUAUCCUUAAUUUUUAAUCAUAGUUACCUAUUUUAGUGCUUAAUUCUAUAAUUCCUGAUCUAAUUGACUAUUGUUGUUUUAGAACAAUAUUUAUUAGUAUAGUUUUUUGAAAUAAAGCUUACAUAAAAUAAAUUGGUUUACUUAUUUUUACUUAACUAAAUGUGAAACCAUUUUUAUCUGCGUACUUAUUUCAAAAGAGUUGUGUUAACAUAGCCUGAAUUACAUUUUUAGAUUUCAUAUUUUUCUAUGGUAUUUAUUUAAAACACUGAUAUUCCAAAACCUAUAAUUCUUAUGGUAUAUAAAGGCUAUUUGUUACACACAAAUAGUGUGAUGAACAAAAGUUAAACAUAUUGCCCACCAAUGCAGUUAUUUUGGUCCACCAUAACUUGUCCAAAAUUGUUUUUUUCAAUGACAUAACAUUCAUUUUUAUUGUAGAUUAUUACAUAUCGAAUGUAUCAAUUUACAGCAUAUUCUAUACAAAACUGCAAUAAAGUUAUUUUAAACCAUAA